AUGACGCUGAGGCUCUUAGAAGGCUGGUGCAGGGGGAUGGACGUGAACCCUCGGAAAGCGCUGUUGGUUGCCCGCAUCCCCCCGACCUGCACUGUGGCAGAAAUCGGGGAGGCUCCGCGGGCAGGUUUGGCGCCGAUGGGCGGGUGCAGACUGCUCGGGAGGAUGUUCCGGCGGGAUGAGAACAGGAAUGUAGCCUUCGUGGGGCUGACUGAGGAGACGGCUCUUGCUCUAGUCCCUGAGGAGAUCCCCGGAAAAGGGGGUGUCUGGAGAGUGAUCUUUAAGCCCCCAGACCUGAAUAAUGAAUUUUUAAGCAGAUUCAAUGAAUUCUUAGAGGGAGAGGGCACAACGUUGGGGGAGUUGACCAGAGCUCUUGGAUAUGGAAACGACCCUUUUGACCUAGGCCAGGAUAUGAUCCCAGAAACAGGCCCUAUGUUGGCACAGGCAUUAGAGGAGGCUCUUCGGCCCGCCCUGCGGUACGCGAAAUACAAAAAGCUGAGAGUGUUCUCAGGCAGUGACCCUCCAGAACCAGAAGAAUUUGAAUCCUGGCUGUUUCAUACUACUCAGAUGAUGAAGACUUGGCGGGUGCCACAUGCAGAGAAAAGAAGACGCUUGCUAGAGAGCCUUAGAGGCCCGGCAUUUGAUGUUAUUCGUGUCCUCAAGAUAAACAAUCUCAUUACAGUCGCUGAAUGCCUGCAGGCUCUUGAGCAGGUAUUUGGGGUUAUUGAUAAUCCUAGGGAAUUGCAGAUCAAGUAUCUGACCACUUAUCAGAAGGAUGGAGAGAAAUUGUCUGCUUAUGUGCUGAGGUUGGAGCCUUUAUUACAGAAACGUAGAGGAGCAGUUGAGAAAGAUGUUGUGAAUCAGGCCCGCCUAGACCAAAUCUUGGCUGGAGCAGUCCACAGAACCCUUCGCAGGAAGCUUGCUCAGCCACAGGGCGGCCCAUCCCCUCGCUUACUGCAGCUACUGCUACUGGCGCUGAUAAAGGACGAAGAGGCAGCUGAGGAGGAGGAGGCGGCGGCCCUUCUCUGGGCAGGACUAGAAGGGCAUUUCUCCUGA